AUGACUGCUCUUGGUGGUGCUGCUGGAUACUACUACCACAACUCUGAGAAAUCAAUUAAAAAGGACAUUCCUCAAAAAGAAAAGGCCAUUGAUUAUGAGAAAAUCUACAAAGAGAUUGCUGAUAUGCUGGAAGACGAAGAUUACGAUGAUGGUUCCUACGGACCAGUGUUGUUCCGCCUCUCCUGGCAUUGUUCUGGAACAUAUGACAAAAAGACUGAUACUGGUGGAAGCAAUGGUGCAACUAUGCGCUUUUUGCCUGAGUCAGGACACGGUGCCAAUAAGGGUUUAGACGUUGCUCGUAAUCUACUAGAUAAGGUGCAUGCAAAGCACCCAGAAAUUAGCUAUGGAGAUCUGUGGACUCUUGGAGGUGUCUGUGCUGUUCAGGAAAUGGGCGGCCCAACAAUUCCCUGGAGACCAGGUCGCGAAGAUGCUCUUACUGCCAAGCAAUGCACGCCAGACGGUCGUCUCCCAGAUGGCAUGAAGAAACAAGAUCAUAUCCGUGAGAUAUUCUACCGCAUGGGUUUUAAUGACCAAGAGAUUGUUGCUCUUGUUGGUGGACACACAGUUGGUAGAUGCCAUCUUGACCGCAGUGGAUUUGAGGGUCCAUGGAACGAAGCCCCAACUAUCUUCGAUAAUGAGUACUUUACAGCACUUGUGGAGCGAGAGUGGGUUAAGAAACAACUUCCUUCUGGUAUCUGGCAAUGGGUCGCAAAAGAGAAUCCAGAUGUUAUGAUGCUUCCUGCAGAAAUCUACAUGUAUAAUGACAAAGAAUUCCGGAAAUACUUUGAAUUGUAUGCCAAAGAUCAAGACAAGUUCUUUGAAGAUUUCGCAAAGGCAUACAAGAAACUUAUUGAGCUCGGUGUUCACUUUAAGGAUGGCGAUAAGGAGUAUAAGUUCAAGACUGUUAAUGUAUAA